AUGGAUCGGUUUCAAAAGGGCCGAAAAAAGAAGAGUAUGGACGACAGCGACAUGUUUGACUCCUAUACAUCUCCGAAAGGCAAAGGCAAACAGGAAGGUGAUUUGGAAGUGACAGGAGUUUCUCGCUCUGGCCGAGUGAGGAAAAAGUCAUCAAAACUCAUGGACUUUGAAUCCCCUGAUGAAAUUGACUACCGUGUCAAGCGUGGUACUAAAGCUGACACCAUGGUGUCGCCUACUCCCUCGAGAAGUCAAGCACCACCCAAGAAGACACCUAAAGCGGCUAACUAUUCUAGACCCAUGCCACAACAACAGUUAAAGAUGGAUCCUGAACCCGAAAUGUCUGAUGAAGAUGAUGCAAGAUUUGGCGUGAAGCUUCAAGGUGACCAUGGCACAUCUGACAGUGAGUCAGAUUCUGAAAUGUAUCCACCUCCUGAGGGAGUUGAUGAUUUCAGUAUGGAAGAAUCUAUGGGAAGUGAAGAUGAUAUGGAGGAUGACUCUCUGAUGGAUGACAGGCAGCAAAGCCAUCAAGGUUUUCAGCGAAUCGAUGUUGCAGAGGCUCAGCCAGCUCAGUCCCUGUACAUGCUUGAAAAGUCCUCUAAAAAGAAAUUGAUCAUUCGGGACGGUAAGAUUGUUGGACGUAUGAAAGCUCAAAGGAAAGACAAAGGAAAAACUCGUUUCACUGCAUAUAUGUUGUGGGCAAAAGAAGUGCGUCAAGAUUUAACAAGGAAACAUCCUGAGAUGGAUUUUGCACAGAUGAGCAAACGCCUUGGUGAACUCUGGGCAACAGUUCCAUACAGUGAAAAAUAUAGCUGGAAACGACGUGCCGACCGCCUAGCUAAUAAGGGUUCGAAAGGAUCUGCAGGCACAGGUGCUGGCACACUAGAACAUCCUAAUAUGAAAAGAACAAAGCCACCUCCACCUGCAAAGACUAAGUUCAUCAACAAAGGUGGCUCUGGAAACAGAGAGACUCCCACGAAACAAAACCGCAACUCUCAUGCCAAUACUGCAGCAGCAUUGGCUUCUAUGUCUAUAUCUCCCCCAGACCGAGGGGGCAAAGGACUAGUGAGUGAGCCGGUUGUUGGGCCAGGUCUUUACAAGGUGGUUGGGACACAGCCAGUUGAUGUUGCAGCGCACCUAAAGCUCCUUGGAGAAUCUCUGUCAAUUAUCGGCGAGCGUCUGAAGGAACAUGAGGGCCAGAUUGCUGUUUCAGGUAGUUUAUCUGUUCUCCUUGACUCUCUUCUCUGUGUGCUUGGCCCUUUAUUGUGUCUCACAUCUCAAGUGCCCCAAACUGAUGUGUGCACUCAAGACAUGCUCAGCAAACUUCUUGACAACACUGCAUAUAUUAUGCCUGGUUUAUGAGGGCGAUACUAUAGUGCCUUUUUAAUAAUUGCUAAGGGAAAAAACAAAAAAUAAAAUAAAAAUAUAAGCCUGCAAUUUUGCUCUUGUACUGGUUUAUUCUGUAGUGGCAUUCCUUUAUAAAUAUACCAUAAGAAAAAUAAAUGAAUUAUUAUAAAAUCAGAACAUUGUAAAUUAGUACUUUAAUUAUUCAUGUUAGAACUAUUUAAAUUGUUAGUUUUAAGUUAUUGACAUAAGUACUUUAUAGCAUGAGUGUGUACAAAUAUUGAAUUUUCUGUAACUUUCUGCACUGCAUGUGUACUGUUCAUUCAGUUUUUAGAGAGCAGUAAACUCAACAGCUUUAGUGACCUGCUCUAUUAUGUGUGAAUAGCUAAUGAAUAAAUACUUAACACCAA